AUGGCUCAACAUCAAGAGAAUUGUUUUUGUGGGCAAGUUGAUCGAUACAACGGCAUCACCGUUGACUCUAAGACCGAGCCCUGCGACGUCGCCUUGUUUCCCGAGCGACUUGAAGCGUCUUUAAAUCAAUGGGCGAAAGAUAAAAGACGGACGAUAUGGUUCCGGGUGGAUCUGAAUCAGAGCUACUGGAUACCAGAGCUGACAAAGAGAGGAUUUCAGUUCCAUCAUGCCAAGCAAGAACAGGCUACCUUGUACCGAUGGCUUCCUGAAGUGGAGAUGUGCAAUGUGCCUCCCUACGCUCACACGAACUUGGGUGUGGGUGCUGUGGUUCUGAACGAGGAAACCAAGGAGAUUCUUGUUGUCAGAGAGAGGCAUAGUAUUGCUAGCACACACUGGAAACUGCCAGGGGGCUACGUAGAGCCUGGAGAGGAUAUGACCACUGCGGUGGAGAGAGAAGUGCUUGAGGAAACUGGAGUCAUAGCCAAAUUUAAGUGCAUGUUGGCAUUCAGACAUGCACACCGAUAUGCCUUUGGUUGUUCAGAUAUUUACACUAUCUCUUGCUUGAUUCCGCAGACUUUUGACAUUGUCAAGUGUGACAGGGAGAUUAGCGAAUGCAAGUGGAUGAAAUUAGAUGAAUUUAUAUCACAUCCACAUGUUCAUGACAACAACCGGUUGUUGGCUAGUAAAGUAAUGGAAUAUCUGGAACAUGGCAUGGGCAUCACUGUGACCCAAGCUAUACACCCAAUAAACAAGAAACCAAUAAGUGUCUACAGCGUAGCUGACACAAAAGAUUCUUAA